GUUGCAAACUUUGUGCCGCUGUAGUUUUUCGCACCCACCCUCAUCACAUGAUAUUCUGCCUCCUCCGCACCGCUGCGACCUGCGCCACGGCUAGUAGACCUGAAGUGCUCUCCUCGGGGAGAUAAUACCUAAAUAUUGUUGUAUAAUAGUGGCAAAUAAUGUUGCGAUAGCCUGCAGCCAUGGUAUCGCGAACAGCGACAGAGGAGAGGCUUGCAGUGCUCUGUGUAUAGGUUUUUAGUGGCUUGGCCGCGAGCCAGACACGUGGAUUUAAGCAGGCAGCUAUGGCAGAUUCAGGGCCUUCCAGUUCAGCGCACAACGCGGGCGACGGCGACGAUGAGAUAGCCGAAGUGGACCCCGAGGGGAGCUACUGCCGCUAUAAGGAGCCGGUGGGCAAAGGGCGCUUCAAGACGGUAUUCAAGGCGUUCAACAGCCAAAUCGGCAUUGAUGUGGCGUGGAGCAAGGUCAGCGCGGAAUCCAACCACCUAAGCCAGGAGCAGCUGCACAGCGUCGCGAAAGACAUGAUGACUGGGCUGGAGCUGGACCACCCCAACAUCAUUAAGUGCUUUCGUUGCUGGGAAGACGAGGAGCAUGGCUGCAUCAACUUGAUUACGGAGCUCUUCACCUCCGGCAACCUGCGCCAGUAUCGCAACAUGCACAAGCAUCUGGACCUGAAGGCGGUCAAGCGCAUGGCCAAACAGAUCUUGCGAGGCCUUCAGUAUCUCCACGGCAUGACGCCGUCGGUCACGCACGGCGACCUGCGCUGCGAUAAGAUAUAUGUGAACGGCCACAGCGGCGAAAUCAAGAUCGGCGACCUGGGCCUCGCGACGCUGUUGCCAUAUCGCUGGGAGGACCACGAGGGGCACAAGGCGGCGUUCGACACGUCGGUUGACGUGUUCGCGUUCGGCCUGUGCAUGCUGGAGCUCAUCACUCUCAAGCAGCUCGACCCGCAGCACUGCUCCAAUUGGCCGGACCUGCUGGCGGACGUGGUGGACGAGGAGGCCCGCACCUUCAUAGCUAAAUGCCUCGGGCCGCCGGAGCAGCGGCCGACGGCGGAGCAGCUGCUGGCGGACCCCUUCUUCGCGGUGCGGAAGGAGAAGCAGUUGACGGACAACCCGGAGCACAGUGCCUCGGCGAAAAGCUUGCCGGGUCUGCCGAUGGAUGGUGAGCGCGGCGGGGGUGAGCGGCGGCCGACCGGAGACGUGGAGGCGGAGGUGGGGGCUGGCGAGGCGGCCAUCGCCGUGGGCCGCCUCAAGGGCGAGGACUACGAGUUCGUGUUCAGCGCUAAGACGGCGGAGGGCAAGCUGCACUUCCAGCUCACCAUGCUGGGCGUGACGAAGCCGGGCGAGGAGAACCAGCUGAAGCGCGACAUUGAGUUCGUGUUCGACCCGGAGACGGACACGGCAGACAGCCUGGCGGGCGAGCUAUCGCAGCAGUUCAACCUCAGCCCCACAGACACGGAGAUCUGCGCGGCGGCUCUGAAGGAGUACCUAGCCAAGGAGCUGGGGAGCGAACUCAAUGACUAGCAGGGGUGGGAUUACAGAACGUGGGUUGUCUGAUAAGGCGUGUGUGCCAGCGCCUGCGGCGCGCAUGCGCGCGGCGGCCCACAAUCUAGCGUAGCAAGCAGUCAGCGCGGAGGGGCGAUUGCAGAGCCGGUUACGGGGUAGAUUGAGAUUGGAGUCAGCGGAGCCGCUUUGGCAGCCGCAGCAGCGUCAGCAGCCGUGCAUGCCCUGCAUGGUUUCGGCGAAGGCGGCGUGGGGCCUCCCAACACUGGCUAUGGCAGCACUAGCUUCCGCGCUUUGCUGGCGCUCUCGCCGCACAGGCAUGAAGCUCUGCCGCUGGCGAGCGUGCGGCGGGCACCGCGUCUGGUGACGGAGUGAGCAGUGGAUGGCGCGAAGCCGCGGCGGAAGGGGUGGCAGCGGCAUGGCGGUGGCAGUCGCGUCCACGCUUAAGCCCUGCGGCUGCAGCUGGGUGGCGUUGCUGCGCACCGCCUUAAGGGUGCCGUGUGCGUUCAGCAGUGCCGGCGCGCUUAAUGGUACGCUGCCGUGCUCGUAGUAUUGGCGCAGCGUUGGCAGCAGCCAUAGGGCACUUCUGCAGCGAGGCUUAUCCAACGGAUAUCAGCUUAGGUAGGGUUACCUCUGAAGACUAGCGAUUAUUCACGAGCAUAGACUCUCACUAAAUUGCGGCUGGCGAGGUGGGCAUUGAGUGGGCAAUCUGUCAACGAUGGCAGGAUGUCAUAUAUUCAGGGUAUGGAGGGAGCGAGGUCAGGGCAAACUUGACUCAAUGGCGGGGGGAAUGAGUGCAGAUGCAUAGGUGAUUUGGCGGUGCUGGUGCGCUGCCGCCGGCGAACGCGGGCUGGGCCCACGCCGUGCGAAUCUGGCACUUAGCGUGCUGUGUGCCUCAGUGGUGCAGCGGGCGGCGGCAGUCGGUGUGUACUGCUGGGCGUGUUGGGGCUUCUGACGCUGGUGACCAGAGACGUGCGACAUGCAAGAGAACCGUGAUUUGUGUUGUCUGUGCCCAUCGCUUCGCACGGGGUUCAGGGAGUCCACUAGGUGGGAUGCGUCAAGGCGGAGGUGCGGCAAGGAGGACAGGCAGCACUUUGGCAAGGCGCAUAGCUGGCGGUGUAGCACGGUCGCAGCACGAAUGGGGUGGGGGCAGGAAACCUGGCAUCGCAGCGGGCGGGCAGUAGUGCAAUUGUUCGAUGGGGCAUGUGACUCAUGAAACAGGGC